GGUGCCCCAGCAGCCCAGCACGUGCCUGGGUGCUUUUGGCACUAAUGUCGGUAUCAUUUUAGUACAGAUCGGUGUUAGGUAAGAUUCACCGCUAAUCGGUUCCGUGAAUGAAUCAGGACUCAGGAUCUCUCCUUCCUAUAUCCAAUAUCACGCGGCGGGGUUACUAAUAAUAUUGUUACAUACCUACCCAAGCAACCGUGCUACAACUUACGAGACAACUUCAAUUCUGUUAAAGGGAUUGUUUGAACACCUUCACUCUUUGAGGAAAUUAAGUAUACCGGGCAUUUAAAGCAUGAUAAGAACUUGAUCCCCGCUUCUCCACACUCAACUCCUUAUCAGACAAUCCAAAAUGCGCCCUUUACCAGGCGACGAUGCUUACAGGGGGAGAUCUCGAAGUAGGAGUAUUAAUGAUAACGACAUGACACCACUUGCAACAAGAACACAAGCUCCGCAGAUGAGCUAUUUCCUUGCCGACGAGAGAACAUUAGAAUCCGGAGAAGCUCAAGCUAUUCGUGUGCCAUUAAAACAUCGAGAUUCUUUGAAGAAUAGUACAUACGGUGUGGAAAGUAUAGACACUACAAUUAGCUCUCUCUCCGAAGGUAGUGGUGAUGAGGAUGGAAAAUACGACAGGGCUAGGGAGAAAUUCAAGAAGAAUUUGGCAGAAAAGUUACAAUCUGUAGGAGAUUCGAGAUCCCGUUCCCGAAAGACAUCUUACGAUCUCAGUGGAACUACUUCCCCAGUUCGCCCUUCAACCACCGAAGCCUCCAGACCUUAUACCCCUAUAUCUCUAUAUUCCGCUGCUGGAGGAUCUAUCAUAAGUAGUCCUGGUUCGAGGAUUUCAGAUACUGAGUCGCUCAAUGACGAAAUAUUAAGCCAGGCUAUUGUAUCUGGGGGAGAAGAUGAACAGGAUGCGCCGGCAAUGAUGGAUAGCGGCUCUGACCCCCAACUAGUUAUGCCGAGUAUAAAAAUGCCUAGUAGACGGCCAUUUACUGAGAAGGGAAAGAACAUGGGGAGGUUGAAGGUGUUAAUCGCUGGAGAUUCAGGUGUUGGCAAGACAUCCUUAAUCAAAGCAAUAGUGCAAGUCUGUGAAGAUAUAGUUCAUGUCGACCCCCUAUCUACUUCACCAUUCCCAGUCUCCGAGAAACGACGACAUUCCAAAAAUAAAGCCAAAUCUGGAGGUGGCAACAUGCAGACUACAACUCAAAUUACGGAAAUAUAUGCUAGCACCAAGGCAUAUCCUAGUUGGUGGUCGGAAGUUGACGAAAGUAAAGUCCUACGUCGAAGAAAGAGUAUGGGCGAUUCGGUUCUAGAAAGGAAUUUAUGCUUUGUUGAUACACCUGGUUAUGGGAACAAGACUUCUUGUCUCGAAGUGAUUUCUCCGGUUGUUGAUUACAUCGAGUCUCAGUUUCAAAAAGUUGAAUCCAAAGAUGGCAUGACCGAUUCUGAUAUAAUACAUUUGCUUGGUGGAAAUGGCGGUUCACAAGUAGAUGUCGUAUUCUAUAUCAUAGUAAAUCGAAUCAAACCUGUUGAUAUUGAGUAUCUACGACGCAUAUCUUCCAUGACAAAUGUCAUACCUCUUGUAGCACGAUCAGAAGUUUUGUCGCUUGAGGACCUUGCCACCGUCAAACGGCAUGUAUUGAGCGAGCUUCAAGCUGCCAAUAUACGACCAUUUCUCUUUGGCUUGUCCUUUGACGAUGCUCUAAAAUCCUCUCAGCCAGCUGCACCUUAUGCUAUAUCCACUAUGUUGUCAAAAGAUCACGAGACCAUGGAUGCUAGCUUUCUUAUGAACCCUGACUACGUUCAACCUUUAGUACAGUCAGAGCUAGCUGCUCUUGUCGAUCAGCUAUUUGAGCCAGAUAGCAUAGCAUGGCUCAGAAACUCAGCAGCAAAGAAGUUCGUAGCAUGGCGGAACAAUCAAUCGGUGCAGAGGCCACAAAGCUUAUAUCGACCUCUUUCGCAAUCAAUGAUGUCAUCGUAUACCUCACAAGUUCUUACUGCGCCCGUUGGAGCUACAACAUCUUACGCGUUGGCUCGUAUAACAGAUCAUACUCAACGUGAAGAGAGACUCGCACAAGUAAGGCUUUCAAAUUGGGCUAUUGAUCUACAAAGGAGUCUUCAGAAUGAGCGUGCUAGAUUUGAAGCUUUGGCUCGGAGUGAAAGGGCGGUGUGGUUAACAGAGAGACUUGGGGAAUGUGUACAGGAUGGUACACUUGUCCCAAUCUCUCAAGCACGUCAACCUCAACGGAAUUCUGAUACUGGAGCUUUAGUCAAGCGGGGAAAAUAUUCUCGAACAUCUUCCAACUCUAUCUUGAAUACAAACGAUCCCCUUGGGAUUUUAGAAUUCAACGAAGACAUGAAGCGACGAGGUAUUAUUGCACUACAGGUGGUGAGUAGUUUUGGGAUCAUUGGUGGUUUGGCAUUCUGGAUCAACCGCAAUUGGCAACCUAGUGGAGCCAGCAUAUGGGGCCUAGAUUGGACUGGCAUCCAAAAAUUUGUGGACUGGAGAUGAAAUUCACGACUAUGAUGCAUUUAGCGAUUUGGGCUGUACUUGGUGCAAGGUGGUUAGGAUAGUUCGUUCAAUUCGUGGGGUGGGCCCACGGGCAUUCCUGGUGUUUCUUGAUGCAUUUUUUUUAGCAGUGGGAUUUAUUGGCGUGAUGAUACGAUAUUACAUGAUGGGGUAGGAAUAUGGAUGGAGAACAUCUAGCAUUGUUAGUAUUUGUAGCCUGCUGAUGCAAAUGCGAGAUUCAUGGCUUUGAAGCUGAUGCGCGAGCAAAAGAGAUACCAGUUAAAUAGCAUAUCAAAUUUUAAUAGCACCUUUCUCAACCCAAUCAAGUAUGAUUUGUUGCCCUUACA